ACGCUACUGGCGGUGGAGGCAAAGCUCUGAGCUCUAGUAUCUCAGCUUGGAGGAUCUGGGACAACUAGCUGCAGGAAAGCCUGUGCCCAUCAUCACCCCGUCGCGGCAGCUGCCCCUGUAUCAUCGGCGACCCCCCACUCAGGCGGAAAGUCAACGGAAUCGCCGCUGCCGAAACAAAUCGCUCUCCCAUUUCCCUAACAGCCAGUUGCGUAACAUUGCACUAACUAUGGCUCAGACGGCAGCACUAUUCCUUCUCUUAGUCGGCUACAGCUCUGGGCUCCGGAUGCUGCAAAUGAACCAGAGACCCAUCAUCGGGAUAUUGGCACAGGAAUCGGAUGAUCCUGACCUUCAGUAUGGGAAGAGUUACAUUGCUGCACCUUAUGUGAAGUAUCUGGAGUCAGCUGGCUGCAGAGUGGUGCCAAUCAGGCUGAAUUUGGCACGUGACGAAUAUGAAAGGAUAUUCUAUUCAAUCAAUGGCAUUCUGUUCCCUGGUGGAGCAGUUGACCUGGAAACAUCCAGUUUUGCGAAAGCUGCAAAGAUAUUCUAUGACCUUGCAUUAAAGGCAUUUGAUGCUGGUGAUUAUUUUCCUAUGUGGGGGACCUGUUUGGGACUGCAACUCCUGGUCACCUUUACUGCUGAAAGGGAUUUACUAAUCAACACUGACACUGAGAACAUUGCUCUCCCACUUAAUCUGACCACUGCUGCCGCAUCGAGUAAAAUGUUUCAGAACUUUCCUCCAGAUCUGUACAAGGCUAUGUCUGUUGAGCCUCUGUCUGCAAACUUCCACCACUUUUCUGUUGCUGUCCAGACAUUUCUGGAAAACGAGAAACUAAAUAAAUUCUAUUCGAUCCUGUCCACCGAUACUGACAGAAAAGGUGUGCAGUUCGUGUCCACCAUGGAGGGGAUCCGUUAUCCUUUCUACGGGGUUCAGUGGCACCCAGAAACAAGUCGCUUUCAGUGGCAGCCGGACAUGGCUUUCCCGCACUCUCCAAAUGCGGUUCGACUCUCCUUUCUCCUGGCUGAUUUUUUUGUGAAUGAAGCUCGGAAAAACUUUCAUCAUUUCCCAAGUCCAGAAGAAGAGAAAGCAGCUCUGAUCUAUAAUUACAGCCCACGAUAUGUGCCAACAUCCAGCUAUAUCCAGGUCUAUUUUUUCUAAAGAAUUGUAAAUAGGGUAUUAUUUAUUGCAGAUGCGGCACAAAAAAGGGAUACAAAGUACUGGAAUAACUCAACGGGUCGGGGUUUGAAGAAGGAUAUUGAUCCGAUACAUUGUCUAUCCAUGUUCUCCAGAGAUGUUGCCUGACCCACUGAGUUACUCCAGCACUUUGUGUGUGUGUGUGUGUUUUUUUUUAAUGAUUGCAAUAAUGUUGAAAGAUUUCCACAAUGUUACUUCUUGAAGUGAACAUACUAUUUUCAUCCACUGAUGUGCUCAGAAUGAAUGAAUGAAUAUGAUUGAGAUGUUUAAGAAGGAACUGCAGAUGCUGGAAAAUCGAAUGCAGACAAAAAUGCUGGAGAAACUCAGCGGGUGAGGCAGCAUCUAUGGAACGAAGGAAAUAGCCAACGUUUCGGGCCGGGUCUGAAGAAUGAAUAUGAUUGUCACUUUCAGAUUCAAUCCUUGAACAUAUGUGCAUGUGCACAAUUAAUACGUCUUGCAAAAUGUAACGUUUACCAUUUCUAACAUCUUUACUCUGCUGUUUCCCCACUACUUUGUUAUAUCUGCAUCAUUUCUACGGUGACACAACAUGUUUAGUCCUACUGGUUUUGAAGUCCUAAACAUUCAUAGAAAAUAGGUGUGAUACUGAUUCGUUUUCAGUGACAUCUUUAUCUGAUGAAGGACCACAAGCAAACUGAUUUUUUAAAUUUUUCACAUGGAUUUCAAAAUUCCAAUUCUGUCAUAACAACUCUGGUACCGAAUGAAGAAAGAGACAAACAGAGAGAUGGGGGGGGGGGGGGGGGAGUUAAAAAGCUAACAGAGACAGAAAAUGCAAAAUGAUGUAGCAAGGCAGGAAGGAAGGACUUAUCCCUAACUGGCCGAGGACAGACUCAAAGACGCAGUUCCAAUGAUGCUUCUAGUGCAGUGCUAGGAAGAGAGAGGGGAACUUUAAGCACGCAGUAAGUAUAAAUAUUAGGAUAUUUUGUUCCAAGAUUUCGUCCUCACUUGAUGUUGUGUGGUAACGAGAGAAAACAAGAAAAUCUGAACUGAUUAGAAAAUGCAUGAUUUUUAGCUACAACUAGGUGAGCUCAAGCAAGGGCAGAGUUGGAUAGCAGUAUAAAGGUCUCCCUCGGCAUGCGCCUUCUAAUACCGCUUAAAGGUGAGAUAUCUGACCUUUUGUUGUAUGGGUAAUUUCACGUUUUGUUAUAUUGUCGUGUGUAACGAGAUACAGUGAAUAAGCUUUGUUUUGCAAUCUGUCCAAUCUAAUCAGAUAAUACUCUAUAUAAAUACAAUCGGGCCAAACUCAAGUACAGUAGGGAGAGCAAAGGGAAAGAUACAGAGUGAAAAUAUAAUUCUUAGUAUUGGAACAUAGAACAGUACCCUACAAGCCCUUCGACCGAUAAUGUCUGUGCCAAACAUGAUGCUGAGAUCAACUCUUAUCUGCCUGCACGUCACCUACAUCCCUCCAAAGAUUGACACAAAAUGCUGGAGUAACUGCGGGAUAGGGUUAGUCAAAGGUCUCGUAAAUGCCACUAUCAUGUCAGCCUCUAACACCCACUCCAGCAGAGCGUUCCAGGCACUCACCACCCUCUAUAUAAAAUAUGCUCCCCGUGUUUACACCCUCUGUGUAAAAUACAUCUCCUUUACAUUCUAACACUCGCACUUUAAAGCUAUGCCAUCCAGUAUUUGAUUUUUGAAUCCUGGGCAUCAUCUCGCACAAGUUCCAGAGACAAGUGGUAGUGGUGUGGAAUCAGCUUCCAGUGAAGUGGUGGAGGCAGGUUCAUUGGUAUCAUUUAAAAAUAAAUUGGAUAGGCAUAUGGAUGAGAAGGGAAUGGAGGGUUAUGGUACGAGUGCAGGCAGGUGGGACUAAGGGAAAAAAGUUGUUCGGCACAGACUUGUAGGGCCGAGAUGGCCUGUUUCCGUGCUGUAAUUGUUAUAUGGUUAUAAGGUUCAAUGUCCACAUUGGGAUAGAGGUGAAUGAAAUACAGUAGUUUGUGAAAGGACCAUUCCGAACCCUGGUAACAGAAGAAGCUUUAUAAUAAAUCCCAGCAGAAAACAGUUCCUCUGGUCAACUAAUUUGCUUAAAGUGAAAGCUCCAGAGGCCCGGACUACGGGUGAACAUCAGGAACAUCGAGGAAGAUGACCGACUUUGGUGCCUUCCCUUACAAUGGGAAACUUUUUGAUUCUGCUGUGUGGGGAUGUUUUAUGUUGGACUCUAUUGUGUGUUGUGUUCUUUAUUUUUAUUGUAUGGCUGUAUGCAAAAACAAAUUUCAGACCUGGGUCUGGCAAUAAAGUACCAUCGUAUCA